CUUUCCUGGGCCAUUGUGCCCUCCUCUCUCCUCUUGCCGGAUCAACGAACAUCACGGAUCGGCCGCUUCAAUCCGAGACUCUCUCCCAUCGACAAUGUAUCAAACCCUGCACCACAUCAAGGACGCCCAUGAGGACGGCAUCUGGAGCGUCGCCUGGACCAAACGCGGCAACCGCAUCCUGACGGGCAGUGUCGAUGAUCUGGUCAAAGUCUGGCAUGCCGAGUCCGGCAACUCAUCGUACACGCUCGAAGGCCAUCAGCUCGGCGUUGUGGCCGUCGAUGUCAGCCCGUCGGGCAUGAUUGCGGCCUCCACCUCGCUGGACAGCCAAAUCAAGAUCUGGGACGUCUCGAGUCAUUCGCUCAUCCGCACGAUCGAUCCUGGACCGGUCGAGGCUUGGUCGGUGACGUUUUCGCCGGAUGGGCGGCAGAUCGCAACGGGCUCGUAUGCGGGCAACGUCAAUAUUUGGACCGUCGAGACAGGCGAAAAGGACCGCGUCAUGGAAACCAAGGGCAAGUUUGUCAUGUCGAUUGCCUACAGUCCCAAUGGGUUAUAUCUCGCUAGUGGAGCUGAGAACGGAUCAAUCCACAUCUUUGAUGUUCCCACUGGAAAGCUUCUGCACAGUCUGCCAGGUCAUUCCAUGGCAGUUCGAUCUCUCGUCUUUUCGCCCGAUUCGUCUCUGCUGGUCUCUGGUUCGGAUGACAAACGGAUCAACAUUUACGACGUUCACCACGCAAACUGCCUGGCAAGUCUGAUGGGCCACUCGUCUUGGGUGUUGUCGGUGGCCUUCAGCCCCACAACUACUCACUUUGCCACUGGCUCCAGCGACAAACGUGUCAAGAUCUGGGAGCUCAGCAGCCGCCAAUGCGUCCACACCUUCGACGACCACACCGAUCAGGUCUGGAGCGUGACCUACAACGACGAUGGCUCCCGACUCGCCAGUGUCAGCGACGACCGCAGCUUGAUCAUCUACGGCGUCUCCAUGGUGUGAGCAUUUGGGUCGACUGUCGUUGCACCUGCUAUUGGGACGCCGUUGAAUACAGAGGGCCUCGCCCGAUAUUGGCUGUUGCCCCCAGCAGA